GUUAAUAGGGAGUGUUUGUAGCAAGCUUUUUGUCACCAAGGAGAAGCGUGUAAGCAAUUGGUAAGGAAACAAAUCACAUUGCAGAACUUUGUGAAAAGGCAUUUCUAUCUGGUGUCAUAUAAGAUAGAGCAGACAGAGCAAUGAGCUGUCAGAGUUUUAAGGCUGACUGAAGGAAAAUACAUUCCAUGAUAUGGCACAAACUUCAGAGGCAUGAGAAUUUCUGUCCGGUAGGCAACAGGUUGCACUCCAAGGGGAAAGGAUAUAUGCCAACGAUAAUGGUUGUACUCAAUCUUAAGGAGCUGGGGUUGGCAGCUUGGAAGUAGUAGGUGACAGAAGAUUCUGGAAGGUGUAUAUGUAUAAGCUCCGUCUCUCUCUCUCUCUGGCUACCCUUUAAUUCUGGCAUCAUGUCAACUCAUCAGGGUGGCAGUGUCCAUAGCAUCAGACCGUUUAAAUCCAGUGAAGAAUACCUGUAUGCCAUGAAGGAGGAUUUGGCAGAAUGGCUUAAGGAUAUGUAUCAUCUAGAAAUAAUUGUGGAUAAUUUUAUUGAGAUCCUUGAAAAUGGAUCAGUGCUCUGUCAGCAUGCCAACAAUGUAACAGAGGUGGCACGGGAGUUCUUUGUCCAAUACCCUCACCUGGCAGAGAAACUGCAGCUGCCCAAAUCAGGAGUGAAGCUCAAUAUGAUGGCCCAACCAGGGUCUUUCCUGGCAAGAGAUAAUGUGUCUAAUUUUAUCCAAUGGUGUAGAAAGGAAAUGGAUAUUAAGGAUGUCAUAAUGUUUGAGACAGAGGAUCUGGUACAUCGGAAGAAUGAGAAGAACUUUCUUCUGUGUCUGCUGGAGCUGGCUAGAAGGGCUUCUCGUUUUGGCAUGAGUGCUCCCAUGCUAAUACAAAUGGAAGAGCAGAUAGAGGAAGAGAUUAGGCAAGAAAUGGACCUUCCUCCACAGGAGAUCCCAGUUCCUAAGCCCCAAAGAAAACUCUGUGACUUCAAAAACCUUGACCAAAUGGUUCAGAAUUUGGUGAGCAGAUGUACUUGUCCUGUACAGUUUUCCAUGGUGAAAGUCUCUGAAGGAAAAUACAGAGUUGGAGAGUCCAGCACACUCAUAUUCGUUAGGAUUCUGCGUAAGCAUGUGAUGGUAAGAGUUGGCGGAGGAUGGGACACACUUGCACACUACCUGGACAAGCAUGAUCCUUGUCACUGCGCAUCUCUUUCACACAAGCCAGCUAUAAAACUGGGAAGUCUGCAGAAGCAAGUAAGUGCUGUGCACGAGGUCAAGACUCAAUUAACACCAAGAUUAGACAACCCUAGCAAACUGGAAACAACCCUGAUUUUGAGCAGGUCCCAGAGUCCUCUACCCCCGGUGGAGUGGAGAACAUAUUCAGCUGAAAGAACCAGGACUAUAUCAUCGUCUUACUCACUGGAUGAUAAUGAAAAUAGCCCAAGUUUUAAGAACUCACAAACACCACCAAAUGACAGAAGGAGUAUGUCAAUCGGGGCCCAUGAACGUUCAGCAACACUCUCUAGGAAGCUAUUCACAGAAGACACUCAAGAUCCCCAGCAGCUUGGUAACCCCCAGUCUGGUCAUUAUAGACACCACCAUUCUACAUCUUCUUUGGCAUCCCAGUUAACUGGAAGUGAAGAAGAAUACUCUUAUAUUUCAGAAGUUUUCUCUGAAUCUCAAAGCGGAAGACAGAUGGGAAAGCACACUGUUAUGAAUUUAAAAGAACCACCAAAGAGGGAUGCUUUUCUUAGCCACACACAAAGUGCCAAUAGAAAAGUAAUUUCAGCAACACAGCAAAACAAUAUUCAGCAGGGUUUAAUAAUUGGCCAUCAAUCUGUCACUGUGCAGGAUUCAAGACCAAAGACACCUUCACGUUUUAUCCAGCCACCCAGUCCCUCUAAGCAGAUCCAUUUUUUCUACAAUCAACAAAACAAAGGAGUAGAACAGAACAUCAAGACCCAAACUAAUAGUUGCACAAGAUCUUCUUCUCCAGUAAAGCAGACAAGUCUGACAUAUAAGCAAGAAUUUAACAAAAGACCAGCUACACCAAGCAGAAUUAAUUAUAGCUCUUCACAGUACAAGGACGGUGACAAAUCUGCAGCUACUGAAAUAAUUACUUUCCAUGAUCAUGUCAGGGCAAAACCAAGUGUUUCUAGUGAAGAAAGGACCAUAAGAACAGGCAGAGCAACACCAACAAUUCAUCUUAACAGAGAAAAUACUAAUUUACCUCUGAAAAUGCAACCUAAACCAAAUGUUACAGAGAGUUCACAUAGCAUAGAACGAGAUUGUAUGUACACUCCUUUACCUAUUGAUCCAGAACAAGAAAAGCAGAUAUACCGGAGCUUAGAAGAUGAAAUCCGAACAAAUAUUAAGAUCCUAGAGGGAGACUCAGAGGAAAAUAACCCAGAGAAUGAUACUGCUGCACAUGACUUUAAUGUGCUUGGAAAAUCAACUCUGCGUUUGAGUUCAAGCACUUCAAAAACUCCUAGGGGGCAAGAAGGUGUACCCAGAAGUGGGGUUUACAUAAACACAGCGUGGCAGUCAGGUGCUAGCUAUGAUGAUGUAAUUACAGAACUCACCAAGGGCCAUGUAAAACUUAACAAUGUUGAUGUAGAAAACUGGAUUUCCAAAAUACCUUUAAAAGGUAUGGUAAAAGAAGCACAUACGUCUCAGAGAAAUAAGGUACGUGAAAACGGCCAUACAGCUUCACUUGUUAGAAAAAAAACACUGUCCACCGAAAUGAAAGGAAGCAAACAGAAGCAGUUGCCUUCUCAAAUAGCAAGGCAACUGGCACUGGAGAAUAAAAAGAAAACAGUGGAAAAUGUAUUGGAAAAACAGGUUUCAACAGUUAGUGGAGACAGCAAAGAAGCUAUACCAGAGAAAAUUAAGUUGUCACAAGGGUUAAAGCCUAAAAAAUCCCUGAAGAAACCUGAAAGGGUGCCUUCCAUUUAUAAGCUCAAGCUUCGGCCAAAAAUACGCCCACGUAGGGACAACAGACCAGAAAAAAAGCCAUCCAGGAUUCCAACACCAGUUUCCUACAGACAAGUGCCAAGUAGAAACAAUGCUAAAGCAUUAAAGAGGACACAAAGCUAUCAAGCAAAUAAGGUAUCAGUGGCACAGACUUUGAAUGAGUCACAGAUCUCAGCAGUGAACUCAGAAGACCUGGAUUCUGGUGAUGAAAUCUGUGAGCACUCUGCACCUUUACAGGCUGUGGAAACACCAAUCACUGGUGAAAAUAACCAAAGUAGAACUGAGGAGGAGGAAGAGUCAUGGGUCUAGAUUACUGUAAUCCAUUUAUCUUUUAAUGUAUCAGUCAAUAUUCAGAUUUACCUAAUUUUUUAAGCAAAGGCUCUCAUAAAGUUAUUUUAUACUAACUUUCAAACUUGGAGACAAGAUAGGGGGGUACACUGAAUAAUUGGUGUGAAGGUUACUGUACUGGAAUGUGUGAGAGUGAUGCGAAGUCGAUUUGUUAAUGUUAUAUGUCUGUGGUUAGAACAAAAGUAAUGGGAAUAAUUGUAAUGUUUUAGAAUGGCCAUAAUGUGGCAAUAGUGUUAAAGCACUAGCAACUAGAGUGUAGAGGGAGGACACACCCAGGGCGUUGUUCUUUUUCUCAUGGACAUCAGCUGGACAGGAUCAGGUACAGUGAGGGUCUCUAGUAAGAAGUACUAGGUACUUCAGCUAGAUAGGGUGAUAGCUAGCAUGGGUAGCUAAGACCCGAACAAGGAGGUAGAGGCCUAGGGGCCAUGGCUAAGCCAAGAUAGGGCAGAAGUGACAGUUUAGAGCCAGUGGGAACAUCCUGAAGCAGGGACCAGAAAAAAUCCUAUCCAGCAUAGGACAGAGGGGCAUAGAGCAUAUGCCAGAAGGUGGCACACAGGAAAUUCCUAUCCGGAGUAGGGCAAGGGGCAUAGAGUGUACACCGGGCUGCUAGGACAGGAAGAUGGUGCAUGGUCCUGGAAAGGGAUGUGUCUAUGGCAACUGGAGUUGUACUUUUCGCUAGUGGAAUGUUUUACAUGGCUGUGAUGAGUCUGCCUGAAAAGUGAAUGUGUAUAAAAUCUAUGUGUGCCGAUGAUGUGAAAGCCUGUCGGAAUGUAAGUACAAAAUGUCCUGCUAAUAAAUAGCAUUUUCUUCUACGAAUUGGUUUUGGACUCCUGCACUUUAAGUGUAAGCUCUUGGAAUUAGUCUUACAUGUUCAGUACUUUUAUCAUCAUCAUGGGUAACAGUUGCCAAUAAAAAUUCUGAAGUAGAUAUUCAUGGUUGAAAAGAAUGUCCUUUUCAUUAAUAAUACUGAUACAAUAUUUGACACUUCCGUUCCAAGGUUUUAUGGAAAAUCAUUGAGUGAUACUAUCAAGUGUUUCCUUAAAACCAACAAAGAUGCUUAUGAUUCUAUUAUGCUGAAAUACAGAAUAUCCAUAACUAUAUUUCAACCUGAUGUUAUGUUGUUAAAAUUGAUCUUAAAAUAAGUGAAUAUUAUAUACAGAGACAGAAAACUUAAGCUCAACUUUUUGCAAUGCUCCUAUGAGAUCUUUGUACAGGCUUUGAGCAACCAUAGGGAGUUGCUGAAACUUUUCCUGAAGUAUUCCUUUGUGAUCAUCUCUGCUACUAGGCCAUCUUCCCUGCUCAAUUAUUGUACAGUGAUUAGAAGAGGCUAUGGAAAGCAAAGCAAAGGGACUAUGGGGGACAUUGAUUUUCACCCAGGACUACAGUGCGAAGCAGCUUAAU